GAACAAAACAACAAACCUCCACCCGCAGCUCCGCCCGUCUGCUCUGCAGCGCCGGAAUCGAACUACGUAAAUGUACUCGAGUACUGUACUUAAGUACAAAUUUAAGCAUCCCUCCUCCUGCUCAGCCAAUCGCCUGCUGGGGAGUGUGAUCAUGUGACCAACAGCCACCAAUAGCUCUCCACCAGGCACCGGUAAAACGAGGGGAGGUGUCCCUCCUCCUCCUCCUCCUCCUCCUCCUCCUCCCUGUGAGUCAGACGGUGUGUCUGGAGGAGAGUCGAUGUAUGUGAAGGAUCCGUCUUAACGAGCCGAGACACGUUUCUUCUCCUUCGCCCGGAGAUCAGAGGCUGCUUCUCCGUCUGUAGCCCCCUCUCCCUCCCUUCCUCUCCUGGGGAACACAGGGGAUGAUGAAUGGGGAGGCGAUGGAGGGGAACCCGGCACAGGAGCAGCAGCAGCAUGCCGGUAACGGCUCCCACCUCCCUCCCCCUCCCACCAUCACGCCGGCCAUUCCCCCCUACGUGAAGCUGGGUCUGACCAUCGCCUACACCAUCUUCUACUCGCUGCUCUUUGCUUUUGUCUACGCCCAGCUCUGGCUGGUGCUGCGAUACCGACACAAGCGCUUCAGCUACCAGACGGCCUUCCUGUUCCUGUGUCUGCUGUGGGCCGCCCUGCGCGCCCUCCUCUUCUCCUUCUACUUCAGAGACUGUGUGACCGCCAACGCUCUCGGACCCUUCGCCUUCUGGCUGCUCUACUGCUUCCCCGUCUGCCUGCAGUUCUUCACGCUCAGCCUCAUGAACCUCUACUGUGCACAGGUUUACUUUAAGGCGAAGUCCAAGUACACACCUGCACUGCUCAAGUACAGACUUCCUCUGUACCUGGUCUUCUUGGGCGUCAGUCUUCUCUUUCUGGUGGUUAAUCUGGUCUGUGCCCUGCUGGUCAAAAUGACAGCCGCUGACGUCAAGACCAUCGUCCUGGUGAGGGUCACCAUCAACGACAGCCUGUUCGUCCUCUGCGCCGUCUCGCUGUCCGUCUGUCUCUACAAGGUCGCCAAGAUGUCGCUGGCCAACAUCUACCUGGAGUCAAAGGGGACCUCGGUGUGUCAGGUGACUCUGAUUGGCAUCAUGGUGGUGUUACUGUACGCGUCGCGGGCCUGUUACAACCUGGUGGUGCUCGCCCUCACCGACAUCGAGACCAUCAACUCCUUCGACUAUGACUGGUACAACGUCUCAGACCAGGCGGACUUGCGGUCGUCGCUGGGAGACGCCGGUUACAUCGUGUUCGGGGUGAUUCUGUUCGUCUGGGAGCUGCUGCCCACCUCGCUGGUCGUCUUCUUCUUCAGGGUCCGACGGCCGCCUCAGGAAAGGAGCACUGUUGGGAUACCGAACCACGUUCUCUCCUCCAGAGGAUAUUUCUUUGACAACCCUCGUCGGUACGACAGUGACGAUGACCUGGCGUGGAGCAUCCCUCCCCAGAAUGCAUCAGCAAGUCUUUCCUCCGACUGCUACGACUGGGGCAGCCGCCACAGCAGCUUCACUGUGCACACCAACAGCGACGAACAGCGCCUGACCGCCGCCGCCGCCGCCGCCGCCGCCGGGAGCUGCACCCGUACCCAUAAUCCCUCUCUUCACUGUACAGCAUCACUCUGCACUUUGACACCGAUCGGUUAUUGUGUUUCUCAUCGUCACCGACGUAAAAGUUCGUUAGAGUCGCAGUAGAGAAUUUAGAGGAAAUACCAGAACGUUAAACAGGGUUCCUACACGGGUCGUCUUCAGGUUGAUCAAAUGUUUUGGCCUACGUCGUUCACCGCACGAGAUACUGUAGCGCCCCCUCAGGCCACUCCAGUACACAGUAACACUCCAACAAUAGAUCCAGUCAUAGUAAAUAAAAUGUUUCUGUUGCAUGAGCAUCUUUAAUCAAAAGUACUCACAGUGACAGAAAAUCAUGCUGAUUUGCUGAUGGAGGCCUUGAGGUUUGGAGAACGACCAGAUCCUGAUCAGAGAUGAACUGUACGCAUUUUCAAGCGAGUCGGUUUCAUAACGGCCGAGUUAAGAUCAUUUAAAUCGAUCGAGCUGCUGUAGUGCCACCUACAGGUGAAAUGCCAUCACGUUUUGCAGGAGUCGAUAUUUGCAUCUGUCGUAUGAGAAUUCAGAAUGCGUUUAAGAUAACUCGCUUUUAAUUUAGCAACCAAUUACACAAAAAUGGUUUGAAAAAUCAGGCAAAACACGUCUAAAUAUUUACCAAACUUUGCUGUGGAUUGGAUUAAAUCUGUAGAAGUGGAUAAAAGGGAUUAAAGUGCUUUAUAGAUCAUCACAUGGUCAUAAUAAGACUAAGAGUCUGCAGCCGCGCUAGCAGCUCUGUGAGGCUGCACUCAGACACAGCGGUGCUUAGAGCUAAAUGCUAACAGCAGCAUGCUAACAUGCUGAUGUUUAACAGGUAUAAUGUUCA